ACAGAUCUAGGUUUUCUCAAACCCAGAUCUGGGUUUUCUCUCACAAACUUCAUCUUCUUCCUCCUUUCCUCCUUGAUAGUUUUGCCCCCUCAUUCUCUAUCAACCUUCCUUCCUUUCCCUGCUCAUCCUUCUUCUUUCUUCUUCUUAUUCUUUCUCUCUCUCUCUUCUCCCUUCUCCCUCUCAAACCCAGAUCUGGGUUUUUCUCAAACCCAGAUCUGGGUUUCUCUCAGGCCCAGAUCUGGGUCCGUCUCGACAUUUUUACCUACCAAUUGUCAAACUCUCUUCAUCAAACUACUCUUUCGCCCCUCUACAAAUUCAUCAUCGCCAAACCCAUUUUUCCUUAUUGGCACAAACCUUCAUCCUCUCCGCCAUUCAACCUUUCUCCCAUCUCAGACUUCUGAUUUUUCUAUCACCGCCACACUACUACACCUCAACAAAACCCAGGAAACCAACACCCACACCAUUGACCAUGGCUGGCAAAAGUUCAGGUGGCGAUGAUGACAAGGAUGAGGAUGGCAGUCUUAAAGAUUCGAAGGAGAACGAAAAUGCAGAAGAAGUUAAGAAGUUGAAGCCGAAUAAACCGAACCCAAGGUCAGUGACGUGGAGGUCGCCGCCAAGGUCGCCACCAAGGUUGAUUCACCAUAGAUCCAAAUGUUCAUGGGUACCUCUAAUUUGAGUUAUCAAGGGAGAACCCACACAGAUCUGGAAGGAAAAAGCGGAGGAAGAAGAAAUGGGGGAGAGAAAGAAAAAGAAAAAGGUAGGAGGAAGAGGGAAGAGGAGGAAGAAGGCUGGGAAAGAGGACGGGGCAGUGGGAUGAGAGAGAAGAAGGGAGGAAGAAGAAGAAGAAUAAUGCAAUAAUAAAUGAUGUGGAUUUUU